AUGCCUUCAUUCAAGAGCACCAUUUUCGCCGUUGCUGCGGCAUUCGUUGCUUCCGCCCACGCCGACUACGUUAUCAACCCCAAGUCCGUUCCUCUGGCCACAAGAAAGUCAUGGUGCCAGGAUGAGACGAACACCUGCCCGAUCAUCUGCCAACAAGUCGAGCCCAGGACGACCCUGGUCAACACGUGCAACUCCGAAACCCUCGAGUACGGCUGCAUCUGCGGCGACGGCAAGCAGCCCAACAUGACCGAGUACUCCCUCACGCUCCCCUACCACGUCUGCCAGGAGUACGGCAACCAGUGCGUCACAAACUGCGGCCUCGGCGCCAACCAGUGCGCGUCCAAGUGCCGCGAGGACCACCCCUGCGGAGCCAGCAACCCCACCCGCGAGAACAAGACCUCCAGCACCGGCACGGCCACGGCCACGGCCUCCUCCACACAGACCAGCGGCGCCAUCUUCACCGGCAUGGCCGGUGACGACAGCAGCAACGGAAGCGGCAGCUCCGGCGCCGCGGCUCUGGCAAUGGGCCGUGAGGCUGGCUUUGCCGUGCUCGUCGGCAGCUUGCUCGGCGGCGUCGCUCUCUUGCUAAUGGGCACCAAGACUUCUGACAGGGCCGCUGCCGCCGAAUGCAUCUCGGACGAUGCCCUCAUUCAUCUCAAGUCCUACAAAUAUUCUGCCGUCGACAAGUCGCCCAUCUCCAACUACAUCCUUCGCCCAUACUGGAACGCCGCCGUUGAGCUCCUGCCGUUAUGGCUGGCCCCGAACAUGGUGACGCUGUUGGGCUUCUUCUUCAUCCUGGGAAACAUUGGCCUCUUGGUCGUUUUUAUGCCUGAUUUGGUGGGACCGGGGCCAUCAUGGCUAUACUACAGCUUCGCUUUCGGUCUGUUCAUGUACCAGACCAUGGACAACCUCGAUGGCAAGCAGGCGCGUCGCACCGGAACCUCGAGCGGACUCGGCGAACUCUUCGACCACGGUAUCGACUCUCUUAACUGCACCCUGGCCAGUCUCCUCGAGACUGCCGCCAUGGGUCUCGGCUGCUCCAAGUCCGGCGUCUUCACGGCUCUCGUGCCUUGCCUACCCAUGUUCUUUUCGACCUGGGAGACCUACCACACCCACACCUUGUACUUGGGCAGAAUCAACGGACCUACCGAGGGUAUUCUGAUUGCCUGCAGCGUCAUGGUGGUUUCAGGCAUCUACGGACCUGGCAUUUGGACCCAGCCCAUCAUCAAUCUCCUCGGCGAGGGCCAUGAGCAGUACACCUUCGGCUUCGCUCACCUGAUGGGCGACACUUCCAUCCGUGACAUCUGGAUUGGCAUGAUCGUUUUCUCCCUCUUCGCGACUCACGUCCCCUUCUGCGUUCUCCACGUUAUCAAGGCCCGUCGUGCCCGCGGUGAGCCCGUUGCUCCCGUCUUCCUGGAGUGGACGCCUAUGGCGGUGUACACCCUCGCUAUUGGCGCAUGGAUUUACUCCCCUUACACGAGCCUCCGCAGCGAAAACCACCUCGUGCUUUUCUGCCUGACAAUGUCCUUCGUCUUCGGCCGUUUGACCACCAAGAUGAUUCUUGCUCACCUGACGAAGCAGCCCUUCCCCUACUGGACCGUCAUGCUCGUGCCCCUUGUUGGCGGUGCUUGCCUGGCUAACCUUCCGGUCAUCGGUAUCUCUGCUAUCAGCGCUCAGACCGAGCUGUACUAUCUGUACGGCUACUUCAUCUUUUCGGCUGUCGUCUACUUCCGCUGGGCGUACCUUGUCAUCACGAGCAUCUGCAACUUCCUCGGCAUCAACGCCCUCACAAUUCCUAAGGAGAAGCAGCUCGCAAACAAGCAAGCUCUUGAAGCAGCCAAGACGGGGCCGAUUCUCAACGGUACCGCGAACGGUUUCAAGAAGGAAUAG